AUGUUAUCGAACAAUACAUCAGUAGACAAUGACUAUGAUGAUGAUGAUGAUGAUGAUGAUGAUGAUGAUGAUGAUGAUGAUGAUGAUGAUGAUGAUGAUGAUGAUGAUGAUGAUGAUGAUGAUGAUGAUGAUGAUGAUGAUGAUGAUGAUGAUGAUGAUGAUGAUGAUGAUGAUGAUGAUGAUGAUGAUGAUGAUGAUGAUGAUGAUGAUGAUGAUGAUGAUGAUGAUGAUGAUGAUGAUGAUGAUGAUGAUGAUGAUGAUGAUGAUGAUGAUGAUGAUGAUGAUGAUGAUGAUGAUGAUGAUGAUGAUGAUGAUGAUGAUGAUGAUGAUGAUGAUGAUGAUGAUGAUGAAGAGGAGGAGGAGGAGGAGGAGGAGGAGGAAUGGAAGGAGGCAGCGCGAUAUGGGAGAACAAGUGUAACAGAAGAUACUUCAAGGGAAUAA